AUGGAAUCUGAAUCUGAAAUCGCACUCGAAGAGAUACGAACCGAGAAAAAAGGUUUGCAUUCUUGUUCUUGUCUCUUGGUUUCAUUGGUGAAAAUAUGCGUUGUUGUUGUAUUGUAUAAUACCAUUUGUAUUUGAAACAGUUAAACCAUGGAGAAGCUAGUUUUCAGAAUUUAACUUUUCCGGGAUUCGUAGCAUCCCUUAGUGAGCUUUAUCUAUCAAUAAAUCACGUGUUCAUCCCGUCUAUCCCCCUUUCCUUUCAUUUAUUCCCGUUUUCCUAAAAAUAAAGUCGCGCUUCAUAAACUUAUCCUUCUCCCCCGCCCAUCCAAACUUUGCAACAAAAUUUGCAGAUCGUGUAGUCGUCGCGCCUGUCAGAAUGGCGCGUCUGGCGCUCGACUUUCUCUUCCUCCGGAGGUUUUGGCGUCUUCUCAAGAUCCUCUUUCCGAUCCACCGCCGUUCGAUAACCGUGUGGACCGCCGUCGCCGUGCUCGUCUCCUCGUUCGUCGAUCAAGUGAUGACGUUCUUGGUUGGCAUUCAGCCAAGUCUAUUCUACGAGGCACUCGGCAACCGAGAUCUCGACUUGUUCAAACUGUUGUGUGCUCGUGGAGCAGCUAUCAUUGUUGGCAAAGCGUUUGUGAGUUUUGUGUUCAAACUCGAGUUAAACUGAAGAAUUGAACAAAACGUUUUCGAAUUUGCAGACACUCUCGCUCGUGAAAUAUCUGGCGAACAUGCUGGCGAUCAAAAGUCGACAAAUGUGCAAUCUGACAAUGCACCGCUUGUAUUUCAAGCGACAGGCAUUCUUCAAACUUUCCUCUUCCGGCGACGUUCUCGAUAAUCCGUUCGUUUUCUAUUUUCCUAUUUUUCCAUUCGAAUUCGGUUUCUUUUUCAGAGAUCAACGUCUAACGCAAGACAUCGAAAAGGCGACUCGAAUUCUGUCGAACGAUCUGUUCGCCCCGGUAGUGAUGGCUCCGUUUAUCAUCGGAUAUUACACGUAUCUGACGUACGAAUUCUCCGGAUGGGUGGGUCCCGCAGCGAUCUACACCUACUUCAUGAUCCAAACCGCCGUCAACAAAAUCGUUUUGUCGCCCAUCGUGCAGAAAGUGUCGGAGCAAGAGCGGAUGGAGGGAGACUUCCGGCAGCGACACAUGGAAGUCCGCUCCAACGUCGAAGCGAUCGCUUUCUAUCGCGCCGGAGUUCUGGAGAAUAUCAUGACGAACCAGAAGCUGAAGGCGUUGAUCAAUGUGCAGAAGUCGUUGACGGAAUGGCGAAUGGUGCUGAACAGCAUCACGAACGUCUUCGACUACUUCGGCGGCAUUCUCUCGUAUCUGAUCAUUGGAGUGCCAGUCUUCAUCACUCAUAUCCAUGACGACGUCCCGCCGGCCAAAUUGACCGGCAUCGUUUCGAAAGUGAGUUGCAAACAGUUUGUGAAGUGCAAAAAAUGAUCUUCGAUGUUUGAGUCAUAUACUAGUGAUAAGAAGGCGGCUUUUGAUUAAUGAUAACACUAUUGUUGUCAUGGUGAAAAGGGAUUAGCUUGCGAACAAUACAAAAGGAUUUUCUGGGAAAUUGGAUUUGCGCUUUUCUUUUUUGGGAAAUACGAUUGUCAUCCCGUGUUCGAUUUAAAUGGGUUUUGGGGUAUCUUCUCUCAAAACAAGUCCAACUUUUCGGCUCGCGUGCACUAUUCAAUUUUUGGGCUGCGAGCCUCCGAAACCCAUCAAUAAUGGAUGUUAUUUAUCCACUCGGCGCCCAUCUCCCACUGCAUAGAUUUGUUUUCCGUUCGGUUCCGCGCGGAAAGUGGCGCCAGCACCUGCCGGCCGUCGUUGUAGUCAUAAUAAUAAUAGUAGCAAGCGUUUCUCUCCGUUCCAUUCCACGGACACGACCCAACAGCGUCGUAAUUAUCCUCAUGAAAACGAACGAAACACACGACAUUUCGUCACGAUUUAUAAGCGAGAAAGACUCGGAGCCAGAUUGCGAGGCCGACAGCAAUUUGUUCCUUUUGUUGAGCGCGGGGAGCAAACAUCCAUGGAAACGACGUCAAAAAAUCCGCACUUUCAGACAACUAGAAACGUUCUUGAGACUAUGAAAUAUGCUCUUUGAAACCGCGAAACCACCCCAGUGAUUUGGAGAAGUUUCGACUCUAGCCCACGAGUUCUCAAGUUUCAUGUUCGCGUCAGUUUCAAACGCUUGUUUUUUGGUUUUCUGGCCCCGUCGUCAUGCGCUCAAGAGUCUUGAGGAUUGGCCUGCGACACGAAAAAAGCAAGCUUUCUGUGGGGGGACUUUUUAGCGAUCUUCGAAAAAAGCAACUGAAAGUACUUGAAUAGAUCAAAAGUCAUUGCACUUUUCGGAAUAGAAUCAAAAGAGUAUUCGUAUCAGUUUACAAGCCAAAAAGUUUAGACAAUUUGUAACCAGAUACUCAGUUUAUAAACUGAACUCUCCGUACCACAGAGCAUUCAGAGGGGACCGAUCGAUUAUUCACAGAGAACAGAUGGUGCUCCUCCUUUUCCGUCUCUUUGUGUCCAGAAAAAGACAAACGAGAUGUCAGCUGACGCUUUCUCUUCUCCUCAACAAUCGAGAAAAGCGAGCCGCUCUUUUUUGUGGGCUGACGAUGAUGAUGAUUAAUCGGAAAUUCGGAAUGCAACUCGGUUUAAUCAACGAAUUUGAAUUCCCUAGAGCUUCUACUCGGAUAAAAAAGCAUAGAGAACACAGAGACGGGCCGAAUAAAUGGCACUCUAUCAAUUAAAAUGCACAAUGGGGCUCUCGAAAAGUCGAAACCAAUUAAUCUCUCUCUCCCGCCGAAAGAGUCGUCCGUUAUAUUCUAGUAUCUAGGCACAUCUGUCGCGCACUCUGUCCCCAUUUCGAAUCCGAACACAGCAGCGUCAUUGGGGGAUGAAGAAGGAACUGAAAAACAUUAAGCAGUUCUCAUUUUCAGAAUGCGUUCAUCUACCUCUACCUCAUCUCCAGUUUCUCGACAGUUCUCAAGCUUGCCGGGGACAUUGGAGAGCUCGCCGGAGUCACUCAUCGGUAGGUUUCUCACUGCCCUCAAAGAUCUUAUGGUUUCUGGUUUCAGUGUGAUGGAACUUCACGAAGAGCUAAACCGGCUCCACUCAGACUGCCUGGAAACUGAUCGUCCGCCCUCCACAGUCCCCUCGUCUGUCGUCGUGAUCGCCUCGGACGACGACGACAAAUCGGCGACACGUCACAUGCAGGAGAUCCACGGAAAGCAGUUAUCGUUGGAGCGAGACGAGCAGGAAGAGGAGGAGGCGCAGUACUUACUCGGCGGAAAAACAAAGGACGACGAGGAGUGGCCGGACGAUGGAGUCGCGAUUACGAUCGACUCGGCCACCCUUUCGCCGCCCUCCGACCACGGACACUUGAUCGUGCAGUGUCGGUUUUUCACAGCUCAUUUCUUGCAAAAAUCUGACAUAUUUCAGUGCUUUCUCUGCAAAUAAUUCAAGGUCAAACUCUGCUGAUCACGGGAGACAGUGGCGCCGGAAAGUCUUCGCUGCUCCGCAUGUUCGCCGGCCUCUGGAACUGCUCCUCCGGCAAAAUGGACUGUCACUGGCGACGUCUCACGCAAAACCUCUUCUUCCUCGCUCAGAAACCAUACUUCCCAUCCGGAAACACCACUCUCCGCCAACAGAUUGUGUACCCGGUGAAGGCGUUGCAGGUGGACAAGGACGUCGCGAGAUUGACAAGAAUUCUGGAGUGGGUCAAAAUGGAGCAUCUUAUCGAUAGAUGCGGAGGAUUGGACACUCCCAUCGAGUGGGACUGGAUGAAGACGCUAUCGCCCGGAGAACUGCAGAGAAUGUCGCUCGCCCGCGUGUUCUACACAAAGCCGCGCAUCGUAUUCCUUGACGAAUCCACGUCGGCGAUAGGCUUCGAACUCGAAAUGGCCAUUUAUCGCAAGUUGCAAGAGGAGAAGAUCACGUUCGUCUCCGUCGGACAUCGAUACUCUUUGAAGCAGUUCCACGAUAUGGAAUUGAGAGUAAAGGUGAGUUGUCUGCAGAAAAUAUAAUUUGACAAACACAUCACUUUUUGCUGCAGGGUCGCGGCGGCGAAUGGUCUCUCCACGACAUCGACACCGCCUCGAUAGCGUCGCGGACGGCGAGCUUCCUCGGCACGGACACUGUUCUUUCCAUGUAA